UGCAUAUUGUGUAGAUGCUUUUACUCUGCGUUAUGAAGAAUAUAUGCAUGUAGACUUUUUUUGCAGGACUUCUGAGAAGUUUCUGAGCUAAGGCAACGUGGCAAUUCGUCUCUAAAAGCACCAAAAGUGAGAGGAUUAAAUUUUGCAGUUUUAGGUGAAAAAUAUUCAACAGUUGUAGAAACUGAAAAGCCAAGUGGAAAGAUGAAGUUGAUUCUGACUUUGGUUCUGUUUUGCCUUAUUACAUUGGUCAGAGAAGCUAAUGGAAAACUACAUAAGCGAGAAGCAAACGAUGAAAGUAUAGGGAAUGCUAAUGCUUAUGUGGAUGAAGUAUUAGAAAACUUAAGAAAUGAACCAUGGAUUUUAUCUCAGUUAGACCCCCUCGACAUUCCUGAAGUCGAUGAGAAAAAUUUCAGACUGGAAAAUGGUCAAGUCAAAGGUCUAUCAAGCUUAUAUAGACACGGAAAUUGCACUCUUGCUUACAACGGGGAGAUUGUUAACGUGAGUGCCCAAGUUGCAGUUAGAGAUGUAAUAGUAGAAGUUAAAUACGCUGCUAAAGCUCUAUUCUUUUGGAUUAAAGGUCAUGCAACAGUAUCUGUAGAGGACUUAGCCGUGCGCAUGGAUAUUUCUGGCAAAGAUGGAAGAGCAAAGCUUGAUUCAUUCAAAGUAAUUCAUUUAGGAGAGUAUAAGAUCAAGAAAAUUACUGGUGUGAGCGUUGUGUUGAAUUGGCUGCUGAAGCUAAUUGCCAAUGGUGUUGCAAAGAAGUCCAGAGGAAAAAUUAUAGAUGCAAUGGAAAAUGGAGUUUCAAAGGCUGUCUCGGAUCUUUUAGAUAAAUUUCAACUACCCAAAUUUGACAACGAAUGAUGAAGACAACAAAACAUUUUUUUUCUACGUUUUUCGAAGUUCAGAUGCAAAAAAUAUCAGUGAGAAUAUGGAGGAUAUCAUAUUUCAAUUACUAAUAGCCAACGUCCUGUUUUGAGGUUAAAUGAGUGUUUUAAAACUGUCACAGGCUGUCGUUUUGUAUUUAUAUCUAUAUGUUAGGAAAUAAAUUCAGUAAUUAAAA